CAAUUCCCUCCUGCUACUUCCCUUUUUUCAUUCGUGCCAUUCUGUUAUUUUUCCCUUGUAAAACUGACGGAAUAAUUACAUUAUACAUGUGGCUUUUCAAUUGCCACCUAUUGUUCUUGUACAGUACAGUACGAGCUUGGUAAGAUGGUUGUUUUUCCAUCUUGUUGGGGUGAAUUUGGUCAGAGACGCAGGAUCAAGCAAGUAGGAGGCCUUCUAUUUUGAAAAAGCAUCAAGUGGACUGUAUAAACUAGCGCGUUACUGCUACAAGGAUAUGUGAUGAGGAUAAGACGGGUUGAAGAUUAGAUAGGCCUCUUCUCCUGAUGUGUAUAUGAAGGUUGGGGCAAGGGGACUGUGGAAAAAAAUGUGAAGAAGAAGAUUCCCCAGCUGAUGUUUAAGCGUAGACAUGUGAUCCUGUUGCGUAUUCUCCUAUUCAGUAAGUAACAUUGAGAGAUCGAUGUGCGGGGAUAUGGAUUUAGUAAGUAGCAUUGAGAAAUCGAUCUGCGGGGAGAUGGAUGAGUUGCAACAUACAUGCCCAUCCUGGACUUGGGAAGAGAAUAAGCUGUUUGAGUUGGCCUUGGCUGUUACCGAUGAAGAGAGUCCAGACAGGUGGGAGAACGUUGCUGCCAUGGUAGGAGGGAAAAGCGCAGAGGAAGUAGAGAAACACUACGGAGUUCUUGUGGAAGACAUCGAGUUUAUCGAGUCUGAUAAGGUCCCUCUUCCCAACUAUGCCUCUUCGAUUGGUCCGGAGCACAGCUAUGGAGUGGCAGAAUCUGAUGAUCCUGUUGAGAGUAGUCCUUGUUUACCAUGGACUGAUGAAGAACAGGAGCUUCUUGAGCGUCUGCAAAUCAAUUAAGGCAAGUGAAGGAGGACUUCCCAACUAACGUCUUCAACUGAUUUCGAAAUUUAACCUGCUUUAGAUCCAAAGGUAUAAAGAUCAAGGAAGGUGAUGACUUAUUGAUGAGAGAAAACCAAUGUGCUAGCUUUCUUGUCAUUUACUUUCAUCAGAUUAAUGGAAAAGUCUGGUUUUCUUGCCAUUUACCUCCACGAUAGUCCCAUAUGCAGUGGAUAUAACUAUAUGAGUAUGGGGUGUCUUCUGGGGACUACAUUCUGUAUUGCUGUGCAUCAGUAAGAGCCUUCAUAAUCUUAAUUGUGUUAUUUUUUCGUUUCAUUCAAAAGAAUGUAACCUGUGGUUCUUAAAAUGUUUACACCUGCAGUCAUCGGACCUCUCAAAAGGUCCUCCGAAAAGUUCUUCUCGAAUGAGAUUCUAUUACCAUUAUUCACAUGCGACUGAAUACAGAACAAGAAUAAUACUCCACAGAUCAACAGACUCAGCACAAGAGCAGGUGCUCUUGAUAACUUCUGAAACAAUGCGACAACGCAGUCAUGAUACUUCAAAAGCAAGCAACACUCCUGCCAUAUUAUUGAAAAUCUUCUACCAUGGGUAUUACAAGAGUUUCUUGUUUUCCACCUAAUAAGAAUCAUUUUUAAGCUGUCAAGGUCCCGGGGUCCUUUCGAAUCAUACACCCUUUCCUCCAAGCACAUGGAAGCCCAGCCACAGAGUCAGUAUCAAGGAACAUUAUUUCCUUGAACUAAUAAACUGCAUUUUCUGGAUCUUCCAAAAAACUCGUGUUUCUGUGGGUGAAUGGUGAUCCGGAAAAAGCGUCGACGCAUAUCACAAAUUCCCUGCCAAGAAGCAAGCAAAACUAAAAGAUUUUUCCGAUAGACGAAGAAGGGAAGCGGUUGGGGGCCACAAAUAUACAAUUAA